AUGGUCCUAGGACUACUUACUGCUAUAGCGGCUUGUCCUGCGAUCGUUGGUACUACUGAAGCGGUCCGCCAAGGGCAAAGAACAAAUGCAAAAGAAAAACACAGAGGUGUGAAAUCGAAUCUCAUCAUUUCCUGCGCCAGGACUUCAAACGCGGGCAGGUACAUUGAUGGAUGUUCCAUAGUGUUGCGCGACAAUAAGCUAAACAUUGCGUUGCCUACGGCUGAGGGUCGGACCGAUAUAUCACAGCAUCCAUUCGCAGGAUAUUUUCUUCCCUAUCCGGAGCGAAACUGGGGCCGCAAGGGAGAAGGCAUGGUCUCUACGAUCUGCGAUGAGCCUCCACAACUAAAUUGGAUAUACGUGGACGAAGAAACUUAUGAAGUAAAAUACGGCUUGCGAACAGACUCGGAAGACCAUCUUGUUGGUCCGUGGGACUGCACUCCAAUCGAGAAGAGAAUUACUUUGGAGGGUUGGGAGGGUUUUAUGGCUGUGGAAGUUGAGGGUUCAUGGGCGCUCUAUUUUGAUCGGGACGACAAUGGCUUGCAAGAAAAGAUAUUUGAAGGAAGGAUUUUAGAAGUUGAACUGACAAGGAAAGAGAGAAGGAAGUAUAAAGAUGAUGAUUAA